GUCACAGUUUUACACAUCCGGGUAAUAACAGUUUAGUACCGCUGAAAUGGGUGGAAAAUUAUCCAGAAUAUUUUCAAGAAGAAAGAGAAAUGAUGAUCAAGAACCUGAUAAUCUCGAAGAUCCAGUAUACACUAUCCCUGUACAUACAACGUACACUGACGAAUAUCCAAACCAACCUUCGAUGCCCGGAGAAAUAGGUUAUUUAAUACCUAUACGUACCACCAACAGAUCAUGUUCGGAAUCUACAACUGAAAUGCCUGGAUCGGAUUCGGAGGAAAGUGAAACUCACACGUACUAUUUUAUAAAUGGCAAGGGAAGCACAGAACGAGAAGAAGAAAAAGCGAAAGCGUGUGAAAAGGAUUGCAGUGAGAAUGUUACUUAUGAACAAAAUGCCUGCGUUAAUGCUACAGUUCAAGAGUCUGGUGUCCCACCGACGCAGGACAUAACUGAAGAUACUAAUACCACCAACAAAGAGUCGAAAACUCAGCAACUUCAAAGCCAGGAAACAGAUUGCCGUCAUAGAUAUGAGGAAAUGAUAAACCUCUAUAGAAAAAUGUUAGUGUCAAAUGUAGUUGUAAGUCAGGUCCUGCCUCAUCUGCAAACGUGCUUAAGUUGUGCUGAUAUCAGUGCAAUUAAUGGCGAGAAUAACCAACAAAAAGCAGUGGAACUUUUAUUAGAAAAAUUAUCACUAUGUCAGGAACGUGGGAAGUGGAAAAUGUUUGUGCAAGCAUUGGAAGCGUGUAAAUAUCAGACAAUAGUUGAUGCUCUAAGACGAAAACCUUCUGCAGACAAUACUGAUCAUAUAACGAUCUUACAUAUGUUUUCACCUGAACUGCGUAAAAUGAUUGUACCAUCUGAGAUAACAGCAGAACUUCUAAGGACAGACGUUAUCAAUUCUGAUGACAUAAAUGAAAUACAUCAGAAAGAACGCACUUCCGGCGCUGUUGUGGCAGCUGAUAUCUUGCUCGAAAGAAUUCCAGGCAAACAUCCGAAAUGGUUCAAUAUAUUUCUCAACGUAUUGAGAGGCAUCAACCGUGAUGAUCUGGUGGCGAUGCUAACAUUUCAAACAGGCUAG